AUUCCUGCCACCGUUAGCUGUUUGUCUUGUGGGAGUAGAUUCUAGAUUUUUUUUUUUUUUUUUUUUGUUCGUGGAGUUUCCUCACUCUCUAGUUUAGGCUUGUGAGCUUUGGUUCAAUUUCAUGGGGAUAUUUUUUAAAGAAGUAUUGCUCGAAUUAAUAUUAGACCUAACAAAACAUUGGAUGGUAAUCAAGUUCUCACAGCCUUGAUUUUCAAAGAUAGGGGUCUAACACAUCCCUCCUUCAAACUUUUUGUCUAAAAAUGGAACAAGGAAAACUGUUCAAUUUGGUGGGAGCCAUGUUAAUCGUCUUCGCUACAGCGCUUCAUAUCGUCUGCUUGGUUACUCCACACUUCUCAGAAGCAGACUGUCACGAUGUAUUCAGAGAUAAAGUUUGGCAGAAAUUACGUCACAGUGUCUCGGACCCAGGCAACAUUUCCUCGUCAACAGAGCCGGUAACUGAGAAUGGACUCAAUAGAUCCACAGGACAGGAUUAUGAGUUCUAUAUCGAUAAGAUCAACUUUGGAUUGUGGGAGCUGUGUUUCCUGUUUGUCAGACAAGGGGCAGAAGUAGAUAUUUGUACAAAGUGGUCAAGUGAAACUAUUUAUAACUCUGACACAAAAGAUUUGGAUUCUAUUGGAUCAAAAGGAUGGACAAGGGCAGCCCAGGCAAUGGCCAUUAUUGGAACUUUAAUGGCCUUUAUGGGAAUAACAUUGGCCAUAGUUAACAUGCUGGUGAAAAGUAAGGGAGACCGCCAGCGUCUUAUACACAUUUUCAUAGCAUCUGGCUGCUUUGCGACAGGUGGUUUCCUUUUGCUUGGAAAUUUCAUCGUAGCUGCUAAUUACAAGGAUGCAAUAGUGCUGCCAGAUGAUCCAGGCGUUUACCCUCCACUAGUGCAGUUCCAGGAAAUACUCAGAGACCACUCCUUCCUUAGCUGGGGUUUUGCUCUUGAUGUGGUGGCUUUUGCCCUGUCCAUGCUUGCUGGCGUUGCCCAUUUGAUUGGAGGCAGGAUAGUGAAUAUUGAAAAUGGAAUUGUGUAAGCUAUAAAGUUUGACAGCGAGUGAUUUGUUUAUAUAUAUAUAUAUAUAUAUAUAUAUAUAUAUAUAUAUAUUACUUAUAUGGAACUCUGAUUAUAAAGAAAUGCAGCAUUUCUGGUUGAAAUGCAGGAACCAUCUCAGAUUGAAUGAAAUGCAGGAUUGACAAGAACUAUCUCUGAUAAGAAAGAGAUGCAGGAUCUAUCUCUAAUUAGAAAGAGAUGCAGGAACUAUCUCUAAUUAGAAAGAGGUGCAGGAACUAUCUAUGAUUAGAUGAAAUGCAGAGGUGUACAGUGAUUGGUUGUUAACAAAUUUCAAAAGAGCACUAAUCAAAACUGGUUGGAUUUUUUUUUAUUGAAUUUCUAAAAUUAAAAAUUUUAUAGAAUUUACAUAUUAAAGCAGCUAAAAUUGACUUCCAAAGAAUUAGCUUUCAAUUUGCUUUUUAAAACUUUCAUUGACUCAAGGAACUUUGUAAUAUUUUGACAUGUAUUUAUUUUAACACAGAGGACUUGAACACUUCUGUACUUCAGUUUUUGAAUUGGUAAAAGGAUGAUUCUAGUUGUGAUUUUUGUUUUUGAAGUAGUUAGUAAUGAUCAUUCCAAAUGGUUGUUUGAAAACUUGCUUGUACAUUGUAGCAUACUCUUUGUGUGUUGAAAUUCUGUAGACUUUUUCUUUUAGUAAGACUUUGAAGUCUUGAAGUUUUGAAGAUUUAAUACUGUUAGACAUUUACAUAUAAACUCAUCCAGGAAAAUCUUUUUCUUGCUUUACAAUCUUAUCUUAGACUUUGCUUUAAAAGAGAAAAUAAUAAUGUCCUAAGCAUAUUGCAUUGAGUUUAUUUUUAGAUUGUAUAUUUGCAGCGCAAGGACAUGGUUGUAUGUUGUUGAUAAGUAAUGACAAGAUUAUUCAAUAUGAUGACAGUUUUUCUGUACCCUUUAAAAAUAGUUUGGACAUUGCUAGAAGGUGGAAAGAGGUAGUAUUUAAAGACUUGCAGAUUCAGUUUUGAGAGAGAUCUGCGACUAGAGUAAAUGAAUUUAAUUUUUUUUUUGUAUUGUACAUUUAUGUAGUGUGUAUAUUAUUUAAGUGAUUCCAAGUUCCAGAAAAAAAAGCUUUGUAUUUAUUUGAUUGAAGAUUUCAGUUUUGAAUUUAUACUUUGAAGUAGUAUCUCCAGCAUCACAAUAUUGAUUGAGAAUUCUGAAAUUGUCUAAUAGAGAGAACUAUACAAAAUUAGAACAUCAGAAAUGCAUUGUCUGUUCAACACAAUCUCUUGGUAACAUCAACCAAGACAUCUCGACAAUCAGCCUCAAAAGAAUCUUGUCAUCUGGCACUUAAACAUAUCAUCACAUGUAUCUGUGUUAAUCUAGUUAAACUCUGCUUAGUCGUUGGUUUUCUUGACUGAUUCAUGCAACCCAUUCCAUGCUCUAAUAGCACUAGAGAAGAAUCAGCACUUGUACAAAUAAGUCCUAGAAUAUGGGAUAAGAAAUGUGUCUUUCUGAAUAUUUCUUAGGUUACUAGCAUUUUCAUUUAGGCUGCAACCCUAUUUUUAUGCAGAACUAAGCAAGUACACAUGAAUGAUAAUGUGGGACUACCUUAACAACUUAAAGGUGGGAGGAGGUUUACAUAAAAUAGGAAGGCUUUUUAAAACAAUGACUCAGUGAAGAAAGACAAUAAUUAUCAAUAGAUCUCAUCUGAGAAAAAGAAUUAGGUAUUACUCUCAUCUGAAUAAUAAUAAGGCUUGUCUUGAAGUCUGAAGAUUAGUGAGGAAUGCAGUAUUUCCGUGGCUGCGCAGCCCCAGCUGUGGCCUACAUAUUUUGCCACUUCCAGGGCAAGCAUAACUUGUCCGCAGGUGGUUGAUUUAGAAUUUCUUUUUGCCGUCAGCGUCUGUCCUUGGCAGCAGAUUUUCUUUUGGUCUCAAAUGUGUAUCCUGCGGCCUUCGUGAAUGACCUCCAGCUGUCUCGUUCUGAGACCGCAUUCUGCCAGGUGCUCUCUUCUAUGUCAGCAUUUCCGUGGGGCACCUCUGUUAUGUCAACCACCUUUUAGCUCACCAAAAAAGACUGCCUUUGGCAUACGUUCGUCUCUCAUACGGGAUUUGUGUCCUGCCCAGCGUAACUGACGGACCAUAAGAAGUCCCUCUAUACUGUCCAUACUGGUGUUUGCAAGGACAUCGCUGUUUGUAGUGUGGUCUUGCCACCGUAUGUCCAUGAUUUGAGCACAAGCAUCUUUGGUGAAAGCGUUCAUCUGAAAGUGAAAACAUAAAUUAAAAGACAUCAAUUUAUACAAAAUAAAUUUUAUUAAUUUUUUUUUUACUUUAUAAUUACUAAAGACUUGAAAUAUUCUUUCUGCAUUGUAUUACAUUUGUUAAUACCAUGUUGGUUUGUAUAUUACUUAAUGGCUUGCUGUGUUAUAUAUUAUAUGAUAUAUCUCUAUUCAUUAUAUUUAUACAAGGAAUGUUUUGACCUUAUAAUCAUUUUGAUUUUCAAAUUAUUUGUUUUACCUUUUUUUAAAAUUUAUUUGUAAACUUGUGAAUACUAUGCAGUUUGAAAAAUAUACAGAUGUAUUAUACAUUAAAUAGUUUAUACUUUGCUUUCUUAAUAUCUUUCAUUUUUUUAAAUAUACAAAUUUUACACAUCUUCAAUGAUGUGGCGACUUGUUGGUAAAGUGCAUGAAUUAUAAACUAAGGAUCUUAGGUUUUAUUUUGGUUGUCACUGUCAUUUUUCAUAUCAGAAUAUUGGGAUAUUCUUGUAACAAACAAACAAGACUUUUGUUCAGAAAGUAAAACUAUUCCAUUGUUGUUCUGGCCAAAUGACAGCAUUGUUAACUAUUAACCCUGUUUACCCACUAAAUGUACUAUUUUUUGUUGCAUUGAGAGCUAGGUCUUGAAGGGAAACUUUUUUUUUUUGUAUUAAAAAAUUUGACUCCAAAUGAAGUUGUUUAAAAAUGUCUUUGUAUGUUAUAAGUUAUAUUUUUUUAAGACUUUGGUUUACUUAAGUUUUUUUCUUAUCUAUUUACAACCCUCUCUUAUACAAUAUAAACUUUUAUAUAGUUCAGUUUCUUAAACUUUGAUGGACAAUCAAAAGUGAAAGUAAAUUUCAUUAAAGUUUUUUUUUUGUUUGUAAAAUGUUUUACAUGUUUCGGAUGUUCCUUCAGAGUUGAAGAUAGUUUACUUCCUAGUCCAAACCUCCCGCGGGACAACAGGGGAUGGGAGCGGGCAGGGUUUGAACUCUGGACCAUCAAUAAAUCCAAAUGACAAUUUAAUAACAUAGACUCUAUUGAAACAAAUACAAAUAUAAUCCACUUCAUGAGUUGGUUGUGUUUUUAAGGAAGAAAAAGAAUACAUUUACUCAUAUUCAUCACCUAAAUACAUCUUUUUUUAUUUAACAUCUUUGUUAUUUAAUGAAGUUACAGAGUUCUUGGGCAUGAAAGAAGCUUAGAUCUACAAAGUUUUAUUUUUAUAAAUUAUAGUAAAGAUUAGAUAUUUGACAGAGGGGUUUCUGGGAUCUUCAGAAAAUAUAUGAAACAUUGGCAGAUUUAUCACCUCUAUGGUACUGAACUACAAACUCUCACAAUGUAUUCAAAUAAUUUGUAAGCAUGACACUGCUCUCAACUUUGCAUUCAAAGAACAGCGUCCUAAAAAUCUAAGUUGAUAUGAUUUUAUUAGGAACUAGAAGAUUUAUAUUUGACCUGGUGAAUUAAUACCAAAUAUAGUUCGUCCAUCGUGGUUCCAUGAUGACCACUUUCGCCAUCCAGGAGGCUGAGGGCUUUGCACUGGGUUUUUUUGCCUCCUCAUAUGGCUGGCGAGACCUAUGUGAGCCCAGAAUGUUCGGCUGCACACUGGGCAGGUUAUCAUUGGCCUUGCUUUUCUUCUGCCAGCGCUGUUCUCUUUUCCUCAGCAAUUUGUGCGCCAGUUUUCACAGCGCGACUCCAUGAUGCUCUGUCAUGUGCUUCUGUCUCCCAGGUGGCUGGGUUUAUGCUGAACGCUUUCAGAGAAGCUUUGAGGGUGUCCCUGAAGCAUUUUCUUUGUCCGCCUUGUGAGCAGUUUCCUUCCCUUAAUCAAUACAAAUACUAAGUAGACAAAGGAAGUGUCCACCAUUAAAUCAUUUUUAUUUUUUCUUGCAAGAAGAAGUUGGGAGGAGAGAUUUAACUACAUUUAGUGUUUUAUUAUAUAUUUUAUUACAUUACUUGUAAGGGGAACGGGAGUGCUCUUUAAAUAAAUCCUCUUGGAUUUUCAAGUAAAUUUUAAUUUUAAAAAACAAUUUCAGAACUCUUACUCUUUACUUGGAAAGCUUAUUUUGAAUCAUUUUGAUGUAUAGACUAAAAAAGUUUUAAGAAAAUAAUACAAUAUUUUCUCAUAAAUGUAACAAAAGUUUCCAAUUAGUUGCAAUAAAAAGGGGCCCUUACUGAAGACAGGUGCAGAUGACUAAAGCAUAAUUAGACCCUUGGCAGAAAACAGUUAUGUCUGUCUAACCUAUGCCAAAAUAUGCAGGUCCCAACUGGGUUUGCAUGGUCAUGUGAAAAUCUGUACUCAUCCUUAAUAUUUGAAAUUGAAGACAAUGCCCUAUUAUUAUUUGUUUGUUAUCAGGGUUAUAAAAUUAAUUCAAUAAACUUGUUUUAACCGAAGUCUUCUUUAAAACAAUGCCUCUUAUUAGUAUUAUCACUAUGAUGUGCUACGAUAAAUAUGCACAACCCAAAUCGCAGUGAGAAUUCAUUCAACAAAGCAUAGUAGAAACAGGUUGGUUACCAACUGCUGGAGACAUUGCAUGUUACUUAAUCUCUUUUUGAUGAUUGUAACCAACUAUCAAUGUUCACAGCAUCUGAAUCAUCACAGCUAUUGCUUCAUCAUAGUAUUGAAAACUUCUCGUCUAGUCAACUACUAAAAGUCAAAUCAGUUUCAGCAUUUGUAGAACAAGCCUAGCAGUGUAAACAUAACAAAAUUCUGCUAAGUCGCCCCUGCUUAUACACAUUACUUUUACCUUUGUGAAAGAAGAGCAUUUUGAUAUGAGAUCUAGUAGUUUUAUAUUAGACUUGAGUGAAUCAGAAGACUUAGGAUGCACAAGUGGAAUGGUCCACUUUUUGAUGGGGGGGGGGGGGGGG